CAUGCUGUUCGUCCGCAAGGGGAAGAACAACGGCCGGGUUGGGCGGCCCAAGAAGAUGAAGAACAUGCAGGCGGUGCUGGCCGCCGCCGCCGCAGCGGGGGGCACCGUGCCAGCCGUGGGCGCCGCGCUGGUCAAGGGGAAGAGGAGCUCCUCCGGCCAGCAGCAGUCAGGUAAGCGAGGGGUGCUGAAGCGGCCGUGGUCGGAGGCGGAGCGUGCCGCGGUGGAGGAGCACCUGACGCGCAACAUCGCUGAGCUGCGUGUGCCGGCCAAGGCGGACUGCGAGCGCUGCCUGCAGCAGUGCCCCCUGCUGGUCAGCAACCAGCGGGACUGGCGCGCCAUCAAGUUCUACUGCCACAACCGCAUCCAGCUGCUGAAGAAGAACCAGCGCCGCGACGGGGACCCGCUGCCCCUCAUCGUCUGCUGAGGGAGA